AUUGUAACCGACCUUCUUAUACAAACUAUUGAUAGAAUCCUUCCUUCAUGAAUUCAAGCUUUUUUUCAAUGCCAGGAGGAUUUCCAAGUAGUCCUCCCCGGCCAACGGAGUCAUCGAGCCAUUACCCGCCACCACAUGAAUCGAAUAUAGAGGGACAGGAUCCCCAGUUCUUUGAAACUUCAGCACAAAAAGUCAUAGAUCACGAACAAUCACUAAGUUUCGAAAAGAAACAUUAUCUUAUUCAAAAAUCAAAACAUCAAUAUCAUGCAUUAAAUCAACUAGAUACCUUGGUUAUCAUUAUAGCCGGUUAUCAACUCAUAAAAUAUUGUCACUCGGCAAGUGUGUUCCCAAUAGUAUUACACUUGAUUGUCCAAAAGCUCUUGUGCCCAAGCUUUGUCAAUAGCAGUGAAAGAUUGGGGUUGGCCAGUGCCAUUGACCAUAUGACUAGAGAUCAUAGGAAUGAAGAAGUUAUUGUCAAUGGUGUCACUAGACCAACUAAGGAUCAGAUAAUCUCACAACUACUAAGAGGUACUUGUAAAAUCAUAUACUGGAAGUUUAUUAUCACUACUGUUUUCCAUACUUUUUUUGUAGCUGGCUGGAUGGUACUGGUUGCAGAUUCGGGAAACUUAAAGAAAAUAGAGAAUGGUACCUGGUGGUUUGUCUCAUUUAUCAGCGAAUCAGUGCCGCAGAAUUAUAAUCCAGAAUCAAACAUCUGGUAUAAAUUAUGUGUGCUUGGCUUACCGGCUUUGAUAGUUAGUGAUUUGGUUAUUUUGUUCAUUCAAUUGACCAUGUUCCAGGGUCUUUACCGGCAAUCAACCAUAUUUUUCAAAGAUCGCAAACUUAAUGAAGAAGAGGUUGACAUUGUCAGAAGCCAGGACGAAUGUUUAAAGUUGUCCAAUACCGACUUCAACAUUUUCGAAGAUCAGAAUGGCCUACCUCUAGUAUUGCGAGUAAAGCUAUACGAAUCCCUCAGCAACGAUGCAUUUCUCAGUUAACCUUUGCAUACACUUAUUAAUAAAAGCACUUUUCAUUUCUUCCCUACGUAGGCUUUGACUGUAAAACUUUAAGUUUUGAUGCAAAAACUAUUGGAACUGAUAUUUCACACAAAACGCGG